ACAUACGAUUGUUGUGGAYGCUUGGUUGCACCCCUCUACUCGAAGCUACCCGUCGUUGAAGAGCUGUCUGGUCAUACAGCGUGUGCUGGACCUGUGAAGUGAGAAUGGACCCGCGGAAAGUGCAUGAGUUGAAGGCCUUCGUGAAGUUGUGCGACGAAAAUCCCUCCAUAUUGCACCUUCCCGAUCUCGGCUUCCUCCGGGCCUGGUUGCAAGGAAUGGGAGCUACAAUUCCACAAGCCCCCCAAAAUGACUCUUCAUGCAAGGGUGGGUGUCCAUGUGCUGGCGCUCCUCCCCCUGCCUCUGCUCCUGAGCCCAAUGCCCCCUCUGAGAGUGAGGAGAGUGAACUAGAGAUCGACCAAGAUGGGGUGAUUGAGCCAGACACAGAUGAACCUCAGGAGAUGGGAGACUUUGAAAAUCUGGAGGUGACAGAGGAAAUGAUGGACCAGGCCAACGAGAAGAAGAUGGAAGCUAUCGAAGCGUUAGGAGAAGGUGASUUGCAGAAAGCCCUGGACCUCUUCACUGAAGCCAUCAAACUCAAUCCACGGGUAGCUAUCAUGUAUGCCAAGAGGGCUAGCGUCUACAUCCGGAUGCAGAAACCCAAUGCAGCUAAGCGGGACUGCGACAGAGCCAUUGACAUCAACCCAGAUUCUGCACAGCCCUACAAGUGGAGGGGGAAAGCUCACAAGUUGCUGGGGCACUGGGAGGAGGCAGCAAAGGACCUGGCCACUGCCUGCAAACUGGACUACGACGAGGAUGCCAGCGCUAUGCUGAAAGAGGUCCAGCCCAAGGCUAAUAAAAUCAUUGAGCACCGGCGCAAGUAUGAGCGCAAGAGGGAGGAGCGAGAGAUCAAGGACAGGAAGGAGAGGGUAAAGAAAGCGAGGGAAGAGCAUGAGAAAGCUCAGAGGGAGGAGGAGGCUAGACAAGCAGCAGGAGGAGGUGGCUUCCCAGGUUUCCCAGGUGCUGGCGGUUUCCCAGGGGGUGCUGGCGGUUUCCCAGGGGGUGCUGGCGGUUUCCCAGGGGGGGCUGGCGGUUUCCCAGGGGGGGCUGGCGGUUUCCCAGGGGGGGCUGGAGGCUCUCCUUUCGGCAUGCCUGGUCUGGGAGAGCUCUUUAACGACCCAGAGGUGCUCAACGCCAUGAAGGACCCUGAGGUGAUGGCAGCUUUCCAGGAUGUGGCUCAGAACCCAGCUAACAUCGCCAAGUACCAGGGUAACCCCAAGGUCAUGGCCCUCAUCACCAAGCUGAGUGCCAAGUUCGGGAGCCCUUCGCCCUAGAGGAGAGGA